GAGAAGGCAAAGAGUGAAAGAGCCAAAGCUAGAUCAAAGAUAAAGGAGAACCUGGUGUUGGAGGGACACACAGGGCAUGGCGGUAUCAUGGAAUGAAGCUGUAUAUGCUGCCCGAAGAAAGCAUGACGAGGAAGAGACCACCAGGAGUAGUGUUUUUACAUAUACUAACAGCAACAACACACGAGGUCCCUUUGAAGGUCCAAACUACCACAUCGCGCCUCGAUGGGUUUACAACGUCACUACCGUCUGGAUGAUAUUUGUAGUAUUUGCCUCUUGUUUUACGAAUGGUCUGGUCUUGGCAGCCACGUUAAAAUUCAAAAAGCUUCGGCAUCCCUUGAACUGGAUCCUGGUCAACCUGGCUAUUGCUGAUCUUGGGGAGACAAUUAUUGCCAGUACCAUUAGUGUCUUCAACCAGAUUUUUGGUUAUUUCAUCCUUGGCCACCCGAUGUGUGUGCUAGAAGGUUAUACUGUUUCAGUGUGCGGAAUCACCGGUCUCUGGUCCUUGACUGUAAUUGCCUGGGAACGAUGGUUUGUGGUCUGCAAACCCUUUGGAAACAUCAAGUUUGAUGGAAAGUUGGCUGCUGGUGGCAUCAUCUUCGCCUGGACUUGGUCUGCUGUCUGGUGUUCACCACCGAUAUUCGGCUGGAGCAGGUACUGGCCCCAUGGCUUGAAGACCUCUUGUGGUCCAGAUGUGUUCAGUGGAAGCACUGACCCCGGAAUCCAGUCUUACAUGAUGGUGCUCAUGGUCACUUGUUGCCUUCUACCCUUGUCUAUUAUCAUCCUCUGUUACAUAGCAGUAUGGUGGGCCAUUCGUAAGGUUGCACAGCAGCAGAAAGAGUCGGAGUCUACUCAGAAAGCUGAGCGUGAGGUGUCCAGAAUGGUGGUUGUGAUGAUCAUGGCUUAUUGCUUUUGCUGGGGACCAUACACAUUUUUUGCUUGUUUUGCGGCUGCCAACCCAGGUUACAGUUUCCAUCCUUUGGCUGCUUCCUUGCCCGCUUAUUUUGCUAAGAGUGCCACUAUUUACAACCCAGUCAUUUAUGUCUUCAUGAACAGACAGUUCCGGAACUGUAUCUACCAGCUAUUUGGGAAAAAGGUUGACGAUGGCUCUGAAGUGUCCAGCACAUCUCGAACAGAAGUCUCAUCGGUAUCCAACUCCUCCGUGUCACCUGCAUAAAUAUCUUCUAAAAUCCUUACUAUGGUCUGCACAUAUUGUACAUACUCAUCUGCAGGAGCAGCUAUGAUUUUUUUUCUCCAAUUGACACAUGCAUUGUUUGCCCAUUUUCACUGUAUAUUGUCACACUAUUACUAUGAAAUCUUGUAACUAGCCUGAACGUCCCCUAUUAAAAAUAUGCAAUGAAAUAUUCUGCAGACGGCAGGACUGUCCCUGUAAUUCGCCCACUCUUGGAUAUUCAGUGGGGUAUCCGAUCUAGAGCUACUGCUUCCUGAACAAAUGAUGUUGUCUAUGAAGUCGAAUGUGCAAGGUGAAUACCGGAAUGGGUGAGGUGGAUAGAGAGGAGAAAGGUGGAAGGUGGAAGGCAGCGGCUCUGACAGUAAGCAUGGCCUCCAAUGUAGGUUGUACCGAGAGGGUUGUCCUGGGAUAUUGUGUAGUUUUCAUCAACGUGAAAUAUUAGGGUAAGUAAGAGUAUUCUACAAAAUGUCCCUGGUAAUGGAAAGUGUGUGGCAUGGAAGGACAUGGUGAUUUGGUUCCCUGUUGGAAGGUAGCAGCACAUAUCGUGGCCUAUAGAUGGCCAUCUUGCCUGACUCGACUGGACAGACUUGAGAUUUCUACCAAUGAAAGAGAUGGAAACAAUAAAAUUGGACAGGACUGUCCCUAUAAUUCGGCAACUCUUGGAUAUUCAGUGGGGUAUCCGAUCUAGAGCUACUGCUUCCUGAACAAAUUAUGUUGUCUAUGAAAUUGAAUGUGCAAGGUGAAUACCGUAAUGGGUGAGGUGGAUAGAGAGGAGAAGGCAGUGGAUCUGACAGUAAGCAUGGCCUCCAAUGUAGGUUGCACCCAGAGGGUUGUCCUGGGAUAUUGUAUAGUCUUCAUCAACGUGAAAUAUUAGGGUAAAUAAGAGUAUUCUACAAAAUGGCCCUGGUAAUGUAAAGUGUGUGGCAUGGAAGGACAUGGUGAUUUGGUUUCCUGUCGGAAG